GCCCCGGUCUGGCUCUUCCCAGCCCCACAGCCGGGUGAGGAGCCGAAGCCGCUUCUCAGCCGCUGCCGGAGAGUCGAGGGUUGAGCCGAGCCAGCGGCGUCUGCAGGAGGCGGAUCUCCGGGGGUCCCACGCGGGCGCGUCUCAUCUACAGGUGCCCUUGAGCCCGGGACAGAACCCAGGAGUCCUGGCUCCCAGCCCCCCACCCUGCUCAAACCACUAGACCCCGCUCCCUUCCCAGAGCAGGGGAUAGAACCCGGAGUCCUGGCUCCCAGCCCUCCCGCCCCCCCCCCGCUCAAACCACUAGACCCCGCUCCCUUCCCAAAGCCAGGGAUAGAACCCAGGAGUCCUGGCUCCCAUUGCCCCUUGCUCUAACUACUCCAUCCCACUCCCCUCCCACGCUUGGGACAGAACCCAGGAGUCCUGACUCCCAGCACCCCCACCCCCCGCUCUGCCCCGCUCUCACCCAUUAGACCCCACUCCCCUCCCUGAGCUAGGAACUGAACCCAGGAGUCCUACCCCCUGCCGAUGCUCUUCCAGCAGAAGAGCCCGGGUCCCUUGGCAUUGCCCUCCCUGAGGCCCCUGGCCGACCUGUGCGCCAACACCACGCAGCUGCGGGAAGACGGUAGCCCGGUGCUGAGCUCCUUGAUGUUCUCGGCCGGCGUGGCCGGCAACGUGGUGGCGCUGGCCAUCCUGGGCGUGCACCGCAAGGAGCUGCGCACCAAGUCCUCGGCCUUCUGCAUCCUGGUGACCGGCCUGGCCGCCACUGACCUCUUGGGCACCUGCUUCCUCAGCCCCGUGGUCUUUGUCAGCUACGCCCGCAAUGCCUCCCUGCUGGGCCUGGCGGAGGGCAGCCGGGGUCUGUGCCAGCUCUUCGCCUUUGCCAUGACCUUCUUCGGCCUGGCCUCCAUGCUCAUCCUCUGCGCCAUGGCGGUGGAGCGGUGCCUGGCCAUCAGCCACCCUUACUUCUACUCCCAGCACAAUGGGCGCGGCUGGGCCAAGCUGGCCCUGCCGGCCGUCUACGCCUUCAGCGCCCUCUUCUGCUGCUUGCCCUUCCUGGGCGUGGGGCGGCACAAGCAAUACUGCCCCGGCACCUGGUGCUUCGUGGAGAUGGCGUCCGGCCAGCCGGGCACCGCCGCCUUCUCGCUCACCUACGCCACCCUCAUGGCCUUCCUCAUCCUCGCCAUCUUCCUCUGCAACGGCUCCGUCAUCGUCAGCCUCUGCAAGAUGUACCGCAAGCAGCGGGCCCGGCGUGGGUCCCUGGGGCCGGCCCAGCGCCGUGGGAAAAGCUGGCUCAGCCAAGGUGAGGAAGAGGUGGAUCACCUGGUCCUGUUGGCGCUCAUGACCAUCAUCUUCGUCAUCUGCUCCCUGCCCCUCACGAUCCGUGCCUACAUCGGCGGCCUGGCCCCGGACGGCUACGAGAAGGGCGACAUGGUAGCCUUUCGCUUCAGCGCCCUCAACCCCAUCCUGGACCCCUGGAUCUUCAUCCUGUUCCGUAAGGCCGUCUUCCGGACCCUGCGCGCGCUGCUGUGCUGGCCCUGGGCCGGGUGCCGGAGCCCCGCAGGCUGGACAGCGUCCCCUUCCAGUCCAACUUCUCCUGCUGAGACUUGGGCCCCGGGCACCGUGCGGGCACCGCAAGGCCCUGCAUCAUGGGCACUGAGCACCAGCCACGGGCCCUGCCGUGGGCACCACGACAUCGCCAGGCCAGGGGGCCCAGUGGGCACCUGGGACUCUCCGUCCCCAACCCCACCCACCUUCUACAGAGGAUGAAGAGAAGACCCAGGGCACCCGGCUGGGUGGGGCCAUGACUGGAGGGGUGGUGGCAGUGCGAGACAGGACAGAGCAUGAGCUAAGGGGGCCAAGCAGGGGAGAUGCCCCUCCCGGUGUGGGGCAGAGGGAACUGGGGGGAGGGGCGUGGAUGCCCCCAGGUAGGGUAUAAAGGCCAUUUCAUACCCCCCCAGUGGCUAGAAGAUGGAAGCUGGUGCCGGAGGCCAAGCACCCUGGUGAGGGGGACACCAGGUCAUGGGGAAAAGGGGGGAUUUUGAUCCCGACUCUGAUUCCCCCCCAUACCCUGGGCAUGAUCGAAAUGGGGGGUGGAGAGGGGCAUAGGGAUUACAUGGCUGGAUGUGGCUGGGCUAUAUGCACCCCCUCUUGUGGGAAUGGCACAGUCCGGCCUUUGGCUCGUUAAUGGUACUCGCAAUUAAAUGCCUCCGUCCUCCUUAUUAAAGAAAAUUUAACAGA